ACUCUGCUGAUCUGCGGCUACUGCUUCAGACUAGCUGAAGGUGUUCUUCUGUCAGACACCUGCACUUCGCGUGUGUUUUUGUUGUGUCUCGUCGCUGGAGGCUGUUUGUUUUCAGGGCCCGUGUUUCGUUUCUCAUACUUGCAUGCCAGUCCACCGUGACACUGGGAGCUAACUGCAUUCAGGAUGGAAGCCCAGCAAGAGCUGGAGAGAAGAGUAAAAUGCACCUGAGAUUGAAGCUUGUACCUGAAGACGUUUACCAGAAAAAUAUUUCCUGUUUGGAAAAAGAAAAUAUUGCUAACCGCUGCCAAAGGGGCUCCACAAAGCAAGGUGUAUUUAUUGAAAAGGCCGAAUCUUAUGACACAAAAGUCACCACGUUUGAAACAACCACAAGUAAACCACGUGUCAGCCCACCGGUAUGCCCAGGGGAGGGGCCUAAACUGAGGCUCAAAAAUAGGCAAAGUGUGUCAGUUUCCCGUCCCCAUUCCUGGCAUUCAACCAAAUUACUGGAGAAUCAAGCCAAUCCCAGCAUGAUGCAAAUAUCUCAGGGGACGUUAGGAUCUCCAUGGCACCAGGCUUAUCACUCAAGUUCAUCUGCAAGUGAUCUCCCCAGCUAUGACCAUGGGUGUUUAAGACGGAGCCAUGACCAGUACAGUUCAAGAGGGAGCAUGGAAAGCCUGGACCAUACGUCAUCUGCAUGUAAUCCUUGUCACCUUUCACCUGCCAAGUCCACCAACUCCAUAGAUCAACUUGCUCAUCUGCACAACAAGAGAGACUCUGCUUACAGCUCAUUCUCUACUAACGCCAGUAUACCAGAAUACAACCCUACUACAUUCUGUAAGGAGAGGUCCUACUCAAUGGAAAGCAUGUUUUCCCGGAGUAACUUGCAAGAAGGAAUAAAACAUGCAGAUAUCAGGUAUAUCAAGACAGUCUAUGAUGCUCAGCGUGGUGUCUCAGAAGAGUAUGAGGUGAACCUAUCAACCGUCAAAAAUCAUGGUAGACUUUCUGGUGGUAAUGUUAGGAACAAUAGAGACCCUGUUGGAAGGCUUGAUCAGAACAGAGUUUUUUCUGAGAGUGAUAUAGCUGAAAAGGGCCCACCUAUGCCACCUACUAGGAGUGACAGUUAUGCAAUAACUAGACAUCAUGACAGACCAAGUUCUUGGUCUAGUUUGGACCAAAAAAGGUCUCUUCGAACACAUUCUAAAGGGCCAGGAUUGCAUCCUACUAGUGCCACUUGUAAUACAAAUCAACAGUUGAAAGCAGUGUUUGGUGAAGGACAACUGCAUACUGUGUUAGAAAAAAGUCCAGAAUGUAGCCCACUAAUGAAACCUAAGCAAAUAUAUUCACAAGUGCCACAGCCUGGACAGCCAAUGCUUCCUACGGGAAUCUACCAUGUCCCAUCUCCAGAACCACAUUUUGCUCAUGCUCCUGAACCUCUUAAAAAUAACAAUGGAAGACUUUAUCCAGCACUGGCCAAAGAGGGAGCAUAUUGUCCCACUGUACCCACUGGAUGUAAAGGAGAUUUAUCUUUUCAGGCUAAAAAUAUUCAGAAUAUUCACAACGGUUAUGUUGUAUCAUAUCCAGUGGACCAGUCCAAUAAAGUAGAAGAAAAAAAGGAAGAUGGUCCUACACAUUUUACUCACUACAAGCUUCACUUCUCUGCUGGUACUGAAAUUACCCCUGAUUCUUCUAUAAACAAUGAAAAGGAGACAACUAUUUCAAAAGUAAAUCACUGCUCAAGUAAAAAUGAUCAUCUACAACCAAAAAAUGAAUCUAGAAUAAAAACACAAAGAUUGGUUUCUAGUGAUGAACAAGCUAAUAGUAAGGUACAGGAGUUCAUCAAUAAUGGAAAAAGUAGGAGUUGGUCCAGGCCUACUUUCCAGAAUGAGUGGAGCCCAAACCAUAUCAUGCCACUUUUAUCCUCCGUCGCGAUAGGCAUGGAAUCACACAGAACUAGUAACAGCAUUGAGACAAACAAACAUAAGGAUCUGGACUGCCAAUAUAAUUCCAUUUCAUCACUGAACAAUAAAAUUGAUGACAGACACUCCCCGUUAGCUUCUGACCAUAGAAUCAAAUUGAACAGCCCAAGCUUUACAAAACACAAUGAAGACAUUGACAGCUCAGUGAUGUCUUAUCACGUACAAUCUGAUCAGCCUUCCUCACCUCCACAUAAGAACUCUGUUGACUUUUCCAGAAGAAGAUUAAGUUCAGGCAGCAACCAAAGUGGCAAUAAUCUACUACAUAGCAGGAAAGAUGUCAAACAUAGGUCUUCAGUUUUAGAAAAAAUCAGCAAGAUUGAGAAACGAGAGCAGGAAUGUCAGAAGUCCCAAGUCUUAAGUGGAAGCAUAUAUGGCCAAAAUUCAGGACAGUGCACAAGAGGAACAAACAACAGAGCAUCUGUAAAUAGCAUUGAAGAAUUAAGGAACAAGUUUAAUUCACAUGAUCAAAUUCAAGAUGUUGAAUGCAACCAACAUUCAGGUUCCCAUGCUACUGAGAAAGUUACUGGUAUUAAGCAUUUAAAAAGAGAGGACAUUCAGAAUGCAGCAGUGGAUUCUCAAGUAGGCAUAGUACAGCAGAUUCAUGACAAGCAACUUGUUUUGCAAGCCUUGGCAGAUGGUGAUAAAAUAAUAGCUGAUUCUCAAACAAUGCCAAAUAAAGAAGACCAAUGGCAGAGUGCUGCACAAGACACUCUAGGUUUUAGUAGGGCUUACAGAAACAGUAUCAAAGAUGCACAAUCCAAAGUCCUAGAAGCAACAUCUUAUAGACGCAAGGAUUUGGAAUUUAGCCCAACACAAUUUAAAACACAAGAGAAGAAUGUAAAGAGACCUACUUCAGCUGUUGUCUAUGGCAAAACUCCCCCUGUAUCCCCUCACGCUCCAAAAGAAAGGCAUAGUGUUACUCCCAUGGACACCUUUACUAACAACCAAGAGUUUCACAGUCAAGAGGGAUCAGGUGUAUCAUACCAAGUACCUCGAAUUGGGGCCAGGAGGCGUUUGACAACGGAGCAGAAAAAGCGAUCAUAUUCAGAGCCAGAAAAGAUGAAUGAGGUGGGUGCAUCAGACAAUGAACCAUCCUCUACAAGGAUUCAAAAGAAGGUGCAAAACAUGAGCUUCUUGGAACAAACGGUGGCAGACAGGCGUAGAAUGUUUGAGAGAGAUGGCAAAGCUUGUUCAACUGUUAAUCUGUCAAAACCAGAGCUUAAGCAGCUGCAGCAAAAUGCCCUUGCGGACUACAUAGAGCGCAAAACAGGUCGGAGGCCUUCCCCCCAGGAAACUGGCUUGUUAAAAGAAAGAUCGCAGAGCACCUACUUCUCAGGGAGCUUGAUGGACAGUCAGAGCAUCUCCUCUACCUCUAGCAUGAAUUCCCUACAGGAGCACAACAUGUCAUUCCCUAGUAGGGACCCAAGAGAGAAACUAUUUAAAACUAGAUGUGUUUCCUCCACACUUCCACCUGGUCUCACAGGCUUGUUUGACUUAGCCAGCUUAGAUAAGAAAAAUGAACAUCAAGAAAACCGGGGCCGCAGCAGUUCUUUUGUCCAGCAACGUCUUAGACUAGACUGUAGAUCAAAAACAGAAUGCAAAAGUUCCCCAGCGCGCCAACAGAAAGAAACAACUGCUGCUAAAUCAACAGAAUUGCUAGAGGUCUCGGCAUCAUCACCUAGAGAUUUGCCUGAAACCUUUCAGCAGCCUGUUUCCCUGCACGUAAGAUCAAGGUCCUCUCCUGCUGGGGAAAAGAGAAGCCAGGACUUUAUGGUGAAACAGGAGGCUGUUGUCAGGAACGCUUCUUAUACUUCAAUCAAUAAAGGAUUUCGUUCCUUACAAAGCAAAGUUGAAGAUCCCUCAGAGAAGUCUGUACAUGAGUCGCCAUUUCAGCCAUUCACUGGUCGCCAUACUGACAUUGAAGGAGAGAAGCAGGUCCAUCCAUCUAAUAGUAUUGUCAGUCAGAGCGCUAUGCAAAUAGGUAUUCAAAGACACACUAGAGCCCAAAGUCUUACAGCAGCCUUUGGAUCGCACACUCCUCUGCACAGUGCAAGACUGGCCACACUAUCUUCCCUCAAUAACCGAAGUCCAUCUAAAGGUUCCCCCAGUCACUAUACAGUGGACUUUGUUACUGCUGAAGAAUAUUUAUAUUCUGAGAAGAACCAAAAUCCAGAUAUUUUUCCAGAUGAGGUUAAAGGUAAAAGUCAUAUGGAUUUAAAUUUGCAUGACAAUAAUUCAGUGGAUUACAACAAUGACAAAGUAAAAGUAAAGUCUACUCCACCACAGAGGCCACCACCGCCAAAAAUUAAGUGUAUUAGUUCAGAAAGAGAUGAAGACUUAUCACAGAACAACAUUCAAUGUCCUAAGUCUAAGCAGAUUCCUUCUCCUAGAUCCAACAACAAUACAAUGUGGAGCACUAGUUCAUCAGAGCCGGAGACGCCUUCACACAAUGGAAAGAUUUCUCUCCGUAUUUCCGAGUCUUGUCUCCAGUCCUCCUCUCCUGUGGUUAGCCAAGAGGAUGAGGAUGAUGAAGUGUUUGUCAAGGAGCAAGAGUUAGAAGCAUUUCCCAAAACAACAUUUGUUCCUCCAUCCCCACCACCACCUUUGGAGGAUGCUCUUUUCAAGGAAAGACAAGAUAAAGCACAACAUGCUUCUUUUGACCCACACAAUAACUAUGGAAGCAAAGUAGAUUUAUGUCCACAGGUCACAGAAGAUUUGAAUGAAAGUCUGACCGUGCCUACUCCCAUUACACCUGCUGGAGAAUUUGAGCUUCCUCCAACUGAGGUUUCUUCUAAAUUACCAUCACAUCUACACACUGCAAACUCACUGGGAGCAGAUCACAGUUCUCCAAAAUACCCCCCAACUCAGGAGGUGGCACCUUCCAACUUUACACCUGAACCCCCCGACAACAAAACACACUCUUGCGAAAGCACAAGUAUAAUGUCUCCUGAAGAUGUCAAGUCACAAGAACUGGCCAAGGAGAUUGUAAACAGAGACAAAUCUCUAGCUGACAUUUUAGAUCCAGAUCUUAAGAUGAAGACCACUAUGGACUUAAUGGUUGGUCUGUUUGUGAAAAGUACCAGUGCACUAAGAGAGAAUAAUAGGAGGUGGCUGAAAGAGAAGAUAACAUCAGAUAAGAUGCCAACGGCAGAAAGUGGAAAGAAAGAAGAUCAGAAGAAAAUGGCAGAAAAUGGAUUGCGCUCUACUGCCUAUUACUCACUGUCUGCCCCCAAAGCAGAGCUUCUGAGGAGGAUCACAGACAUGCACACAUAUGUGGAACGAGAAGGGCAGAACACUGAUGUAAAUGAAAAGAAGGCAGAAUUAAUCGCCAGCCUUACUCACAAACUUGGGAUUUUAAAGGGUGCCAAAGAAUGUCUUCUCGGUGAAAUAAAGCUCAACAACAGUCUUGGAGAGGAGGUGGAGGCUCUGGUUGAGAACCUCUGCAAACCCAAUGAGUUUGACAAAUAUAAGAUGUUCAUUGGGGACCUGGACAAGAUAGUAAAUCUUCUGUUGUCACUCUCUGGACGUCUAGCCAAAGUGGAAAAUGUGCUCUUUACCUUGGGUGAAGAUGCCAGCGACGAAGAAAGGAACACCUGGAAUGUAAAGAAGAAGCAACUCUGUAGCCAACACGAGGACGCUCGGGAACUUAAGGAGAACCUUGAUCGUCGAGAGAAAUUGGUGACAGACAUUUUAGUGAAUUACCUCACCAGGGAACAAUUUCAGGACUACCAACAUUUUGUGAAAAUGAAAUCAGCUCUUCUUAUUGAACAGAGGGAGCUGGAUGACAAGAUUAAACUUGGUCAGGAGCAACUGAAUUGCCUGUUGGAAAGUUUACCAAGAGAUUUCAUGGUUGGUGGAAAAGUGCCUUCAAGAAAAGAAAUUACAUCUUCUUCAGGGAAUGUAAAAAUACUUCCGCCGCUGACAACUUCUCUAUAAUGUUAUACCUUCAAACAAUUCAGAAUAAACACUUAAAUUAAAUAGAUAGGGAUUUCCAUGAACAUCAAACGUGUUACUGACACAUCUUGCAUUAAUGACCGUUUCAGACUAAGAAAGCAUCCAGUGCGGAUGCUACUGCUAUAGAUAUCAUCGGCACAGUGAAGGGCCUACCAAAUAUGUGUAUCUGGUGUCAUUGCAUUGCCCUUACCUUACAUUUGAUAGGUGCUGCUAGGAAUAAUGGAACUUCAUAAACCAUUCAUUGUUGGAACAGGCAAACAAUACUUCAUUCCAAACUUCUUAUGUCCUCAUUGGGAUUCUGCAGCCUUCAGCAAUACUUAACGCAACAGAGGCCUUGAUUCUACCUGCAAACUAUUUCUAUUUAUAAAAGACAUUUUGUAAGUGAAUUAUGUAAGUUUUGUAUAUAUGCUAACAUUUGAUAUCCUGUAGAAAUAGCUUUUUUUAUGUUGUAAAAUAAUUAACUAAACCUGAAGUCCCAAGUAAGUAAAGGUACUUAUUUUAUUGCAUUUUUUAGUGUUUACAUAAAGUCACCUCUUCUGAAUUGCCAUAUCAGAGGCAAAGUUGUAAUGAAGCAUUUUGCUGAAAUAUUGGAGGGAAGGUGGGAAAUAAAUAUAGAUGUAUGUACAGUUUGUCACAGAAGAUUAAUCAGCCAUGAUUUUUAUUAACUGUGUGCCGACCCAUUACAGUAUAAGAGUGCCUAAAGCACACCAUUCACUGGCACUUAAAAAAGAGUUUCUGUUCCGCUUGUUUUAAAUGUUGUCCUUUUAAAGGAAACACUUUGCCCAGCAAAGACGUUCUGGGGCUGAUGCAGAGUUGAACACAAAUCAGAUACAGGGCCUGAUUUAGUAAGGAUAGCAAAUUCUGCUAAUUAGCAGAAUUUGCUGUCUUUUGGAUCGCAUACUGGGGGCCGCCCAUCGCUGGGCAAGGCCGCCCAGCAUGCUGACCGGUGUAUCUUUUUCCCCCACAUACAUUAUUGGCAGGAUUACUCAUAUCAGCAAUAGGCCAGUGCCUGAUUAUGGGGGGCAGGGGGUACAUUACCCUGGGCCCCCCUAUCCCAGGGGCCCCCCGUCCCUGCCGUCCGCUAUAGGCCGUUCAUUCAGUGCUGGCUUCACUGUAGAGGUUUUUUUUGCAGUUUCUUUUAAAAGGGGGUAUGGUCAAAAUGCUGUGAUUAGGCCACGCACCCAAAUUUGCAUGGAUCCGUUGCUUUCUCUGGAACCUUGCCUGUCUGGAACCUUGCCUGCCUACACCUCGAUCAGACCUACAGUAGCUGGAGGAGGUAAUUACACAUCAGCACUCAGAGACUUUUUCAAAGUGCAAGUGUAUUAAAGCAUUAUAUAUACAGUCAGUGUCAUCUGUAUCUAUGAUGCUUUAAUACACUUGCACUUCGAAAAUGUCUGAGUGCCGCUGCCUGUUUCCUAUAUGCUGCCUGUUUCCUGUAUCCAGAGGGCAUAUAAAUAAAUAAAUAAAUAUUAUAUAUAUAUAUAUAUUAGUCCAUGGGGGCCCCCUGGCCUCCCGGAGCUUUAAUCCAUCUCUGCAAUAGGCUGAUGCGCUGUGGCUCUGGCAGGGAUCGCUGGAGGGUUCAUUUUCUCUCCCCCACAUUAGCAGCUGAGCUGCUAAUACUUCUUUUCUACCACCCCUAAACAUACGUUAGGUUUCAUAGCUGUCCUUAUUAGUGCAAACCUGCACCAGCCUUAUAUAGGCGUUAUGCCUUACACAUGCACCACACUGCAUAGCCUGCAGUUUCAUCCAACACUCACACUGAACUAAGCCUACGUGAGAUAGCCCCGCUGCAGUACGGUUACACUCCUUUUGACACAAGUGGCGACUGAAACUCUGCAUCACAGUUUAUCUACUUCUUUCUGGAGCAUGUGUGGUGUGAUAAAGCGCAAAAUACACUUGUCAAACAGAUUUACAAGCAACUCUGCGUCAGCCCCUCUGUGUGUCACUUUAUGUUGUCCACGCUGUUUUAUGUACUCUUGGUUUUCUAUGAAGACACAAAAGCAGCACCAUAUAUGAGAUUUAAGAUAUAACAAGACACGACUAUGGGAAAUAAUAAAAAGUCUUUACUGUAA